AUGGAUGAUUAACAAAGAAAGAAGCUUUUUGUCAAUGUAUUUGAGAGAAACAUAAAUGAUAGAUAUCAUGGAAACCCUAAGUCUAAGUAAAACACAAAAAAUAACCUUAUUUCUCAACAAUUAUCUGAUUCAGCAAAAAGUUCUGAUUCAAAAAUUCAUAUUGAAGAAAAUGAAGAUUAUAUAGUUCCUAAUGAGAAGGACCAAUAAGGCAUUUAAAUUAAACAUUAAGAUACAAAAAAUUUAACAAGUGUUUAAAAUUUGCUUCUAAGACAUCAAACUGAAUCAACUCCUGCGAAUUAUAAUCCUUCACCAUUAUAAAAUUUUUAUCCUAAAAUCGAAGAUUAAGAUUCAUUAAAAUAAAUAAAUCUAAAUUGA